CUAAAAUGAUUAACUCGUGUGCUCCUUGUAGCUAGUAAUUAGCUCCUUUGCUUUUCUACUCCGAAUUAAAUUAAGGCAACAUGGUUGCUUCAUUUGUUCAUGUGUGAUGUUGAUUCAUAGCCUGCGCAAGUUUUUAGUUUAAAAUGCAAGAGACUAACAAGCACGUGCUAGUUUUUUUUAUAUAAAAUAUUAUUAAUCGUCGUCCUCCGAAUUUUAAUGCACAAUUUACCAAACAGACCUUUUCGAAUUUCAAAUCGAAAUCCUAAACAAACAUACCCCUCUCCCUCUGUCAUCUUCCUCUGCCACCACUAGCAGUGGUAGAUCUAGAGGAGGGCCGAUUCAGGCCACGGCCCAGCCCUCCUCUGAGUCCAGAACUAGUAUAGUAUUUAUGAUUUUUUUGAUUUCAGGUAUUCGGCUUAGUGUUAUUUAAAAUUUAAUCUAAUAUUAUUUAAUAAUAAAAUUUUGUGUAAUUAAAAAAAAUCUAGAUAAACAUUUGCAAACCAUUACUCUAAAUCCGAACUCUAUAAUAUUGAUCUGUGACCUACAAUAAUUCAGCCUACUAGCUAGCGAUCCCAACUCAACAUGCAGUCCGUUGUCACGGAAUCAACAAUUUAUAAUUUCUCAGGUCUACAAUAUACCUUAGCUACAGCUACCUACGAUCGAGAUUAUUGUUAAUUAAGGUAAUUAAACAUACAUGUAUUAACUCAACUAGCUAGCUACAAACUAACCAACCAUCGAUCUACUGUUAAUUAAAGCAAUUAAUUAAUUGAGCCUGGUAGCCGUCCGUUGUACAGGGCAGUGAGUCAAGUGGGUUAUCAGGUGUCAUUGUCUAUAUAUGCAAUAAUUAUAGUCAUAUGAUGUUUCAUUAAAAUAAAUAAAUAAUUAUAGUCAUAUGAUGUUUCAUUAAAUAAAUAAUUAUAGUCACGUUGUCACAAAAUCUAUACCCCUGAGGCCCCUCCUAGAUUUGUAAACCACCUGUAAAUUAAUUAAUAAUAGCUUUAUCUCCAUAUUUGGUCACACUAUUUGGAAAGGGCAGCAAGUUGAGGGGUGAAUAUUAUAGGGGAGGAAAUGAAAAUGGACAAAAUGAGUGUACUUUUUAUUAUUUCUUUUCCUUAAUUAUUUUCGAGUCCUUUUACUAUACUAUAAAAUAAAUGAUUGGUGCUUUAAUAUACAACUUGAAGUUGUACCUUAACAUUAAAUGUAAGUUCAAGUUGUACCAUAAAGAAAUUUGUACUAUUAUAUUAUAGUACAACUUUACAAGUUGAAGUUGUACCAUAAUAUAAAGGUACAAGUUCAAGUUGUACCAUAAAGAAUAUGUACAAAACAGUAUAGUUAUAAUCUAAAAUUGUACCAUAACAUUGAAUGUACAAUUUCAAGUUGUAUCAUAAAAAUAAAAACCUAUAGCACCAAUACUAUAUAGUAUUGUAAAAUUCCUCAUAGUUUCUCCUUCUUUUAGUUUCUCCUUCUUUUGCAAACGUUUUCCUAUGAUUGAAAAUGCUACUGACAUAAAAGUCGAAAAAUGCUACAUACACAGAAAACCUUGAAAAGUGGUCAGUCGAAUAAUUAAUUAGAAAGACUUAACAAUUUAUGCGGGGAAGGCGAAGAUCCAAACCCGGAAAUGAUUAUAUAUAUAUACACGUCCUUCCAGCUAGCUAUUUGGCCAUAUAGAGACCUCCCACAACCAAACUGUACAGAUGGAUCAUGAUCACGUUCUUCCACCCCAAGCCCCUGCCGCCGAUGAUCAUGAAGUUGAUGACAGCGGGAUUACGAUGAGCCCUAGAAGGCGAAAAUCAUCGGUGGCUUUCGCCGGCGGCCAGGAUGAUGAGGAUCAUCAAGAGCAACUGCAAGCUGGCGAUGAUGAUAAGAAUGAGAGCCUGCAGAAGGUGACGAGAAAGAUGAUGCAUAGAGAUGUUGAGAGGCAAAGAAGGCAGGAUACCAAAGCUCUCUACGCUUCUCUCCGCUCUCUCCUUCCCAUUGAGUAUCUCAAGGGGAAGAGGUCAAUCUCUGACCAAGUCCACCAGGCCGCCAUUUACAUAUGCCACAAAGAAGCCAAGAUCCGGGAGCUGACUCGCAAGAGAGAUGAGCUCAUUCUUACAGCAAAGAACCCAUCAUCUCCAUCAUCCUUGAAAUCGAGGACUAGUAAUCUGGAGACGAGGGACAACUGUGCGAUUACUGUUGAGCCUUGUUUGGUUGGAGGGGAAGUUAUUGCUAUGGAAAUCGGGUUGGUCACGAAAAGAAGUAGCAUUAUUACCAAUGAUCAGAAGGGUGGUGGUGUUUCUGUAGUUUUUGGAGCUCUGAUUCGACAAGGGCUCGACAUUGUGAGCUACAUUUCUACCAGAGUGGGUGAUAAGAUGAUUCACAGUAUCAAUGCUAAGGUGUGCGAUGGGAGAAGCAUUGAUGCAGCUCAACUGCAACACAACCUGACAGCCUCAUUAUCACUGAAUCACGAGGCCUCAAAGUCAAAACCAAUCUGGGCUACCUAGCUAGCUAGCUAUCUCGUGGGUUUGAUUCCAACUUUCGUGUUUUUUGUUGUUGGUAAUAGGUCUGACUGACUUUGUUGUUCUUCUUCUUUUUUCCAUGUUCCUUCUAAAACUUGCUUCUUUUUAUGGUUGCUAACUCUUAGCAGUAGCAGGGUAGUUACUUAGUUUGGACAUUCUGAAGAAAAAAGGAUGGAUUAUUUGCUAACAGAUGUUGUAGAUGCAUAAGAGACCAAAUGAAUCAAUUGGUCAUUUGUGUUACUUUUGUGUGCCAGUAGCAUUAUUCGGCAUCAAAUCACAGUUGCUUCUACGGUCCAAUAUCUUGGCUGAACUUGUUAUGGCAACUCCAACUCCCCAUGCUACCAUUUGGUAUUUGUGGCUCCAACAUGAGUGUAGGGAUUUUUUUUCCCAGAUGGAUUCAGAAUGCGUGUUUGAAUUUGGGUGUAUAUAUAUAUAUGAAUACUCUUUGCCACAUACCUCUUGAUCAUCAUUGAUGAAUUCAUCAUGGUGACAAUGGUGAUGAAUAACUCAACCUUGGUAUCCUAAUUGGAUGUGAUAAUCAUGGCAUGAAUUUGGUUAAAUUCAUGGGCUCAUCAUUACCGAAUAAAUUAGAGAAUGCAGAAAUUAAUGAUUCGAAUGGGAGAAUCGGGAAAUAAUUUAGAUACCGAUUUACGUGAAAAAUAUACUAUUUCAAUACAGUAUAAGAAAUUGU